AUGGUGUUCUUAUGGGAACUUAUAAGUGACCUCGUCAGGGUGGAGCAGGGUUGGUGGACCAAAGAUCCAACUGAAGUAUGGCGGUUCUUCGUGGCAUCAGACCGGCUUAGCAAAGAAAUGAAGAUAAAAGAAGGCGAAACACUGGCGGCUACGAAAGAGAAGGUGCGGAAUGAGCUCCACAUCGACUCCGAAUCGAGGACAUCAAGCUCACGUACCAGAUGCCGGAGUGGAUGGACGUCGACGGCAGUAUCAAACCAGUGCCGAUUCACAUCCGCACCAACGACGACCUGGACAUGUUUCUGGCUAUGA